GUGACAAUUGAUCAUUUCACGCCAUUUCCCAUUCCCAAAACAUGGAUAGCCAAAAAUCAAUUCUCAUUACCCUAUUCAUCAUCAUUGUAACAGUAAAUUCAAAAAAUAUUGUACAUGUCAAUGCCGUAGGUUCACCUUCGGCAAAUCCUAACAGUUUAUCAUGUAUGGAUCUUAUGAUGAAUAAUAUGGCUAGUUGUAUUUCAUUUAUAAGCAAAGGUGGUACCGAUUCGAAACCCGACCCAAGUUGUUGUUCGGGUUUGAAAGUUGUAUUAGGCACCAAUGCUGAAUGUUUGUGUGAAGCUUUGAAGAGUGGUGGAAGUUUAGGAAUUCAAAUUGAUUUUGGACGUGCUGCAUCUCUUCCUUCUGCUUGUAAUGUCAAUGCUCCUCCCAUUAGCAAAUGUAACGGACCACCUAGUUCCUCUUCAUCACCACCUAGUGAGCAACAAGACCCUAACAAGCACAACGCGACUACACCAAGGGCACAACCUACACCACCACCCGCCACACCAACAACGGCACCAUCACCUUCGCCACCCAUAAAAUCAUCGAAAAUGGGGCCAUCGUCUUCGCCAUCCGCCUCAUCAACACUAGGGCCAUCAUCUCCACCACCCACCACACCAAAAAUGGGGUCACCACCUUCACCACCCGCCUCAUCGACAACAGGGCCAUCUCCAUCAUCUUCAUCACUAGCACCCUCAAAAAUACCACCAAUUGGGUCAUCGUCACCUUUGCCACAAACACCUAUUGCAACAACAAUGGUGCCAUUGCCUUCGCCAGCAAGCGACGACACAUCAACAACUACAAGCCCGCCACAUUCAUCUUCAUCAUCAUCGGUAUCCAUUAUCAUCCCUUAUGUCAUGAUUUUCGUGCAAUAUAUUUCUCUACUUCUUUGCAUAGGAAUGUAAUAAUAAGCUUGUACCAAGUGCAAGAUUAUAUCUCAAUUUAGGCUUUCGUGUUUUGUGGCUUUAUCACUCACGUGAGUGUUGGGGAAUGUAUAUGGGAAUUACCUUAUUGUAUAGUAUGACAUACUAUAAUAAAAGUUGUUAUUUUUAUUUGAGAAGAUUCUAAUUCAAUUAUAACUUUUAGUUCCAAUUUGGAUGACAUGAA